AUGGAGACGACUUAUCGCAGCCAAGCGUCAACCUCGGUUCACAUACCAAACAGAUUCGACACAAAACAAAGAAAUGUCGCCCAUCGCAACGAUGCACCGCCAGAAAUCCCACCGUCCCCGACCCUGACAAACCCUGACAUGAUCCUCCCAGAUGAUGGCGAGCGUCAAUCGUCGACACCGUCUCCACCAUUCCAACUAACGCCUUCGGAUCCUCGCAUGCUUCAAAAUGGGCUGCAACAACAGAAUGGGUACUACCCUUCCAACGGGUCUAACUAUCGCGCGCCGCGAUCGAGAUGGACAUACGAAGGCCACGCUCACGGUCGACCAUUGUCGGAUAUUGGCGAGGAGGAUUCUCAGCAGUCAUCCCCUGCCUAUGCAAGCAGGUACACAGCACAACCGCACCAGGAGAAAUCAGACGCCGAUAGUGUUGGAUCUGGCUCCACGAUCAGUGCCGGCAGUCAGCGACAAUUGAAUUUGAACCCAGAAGGGAUUCGUGGUGGUAACGACUCUGGAUUCAAUUCCAGGCGCAGUAGCUAUGCCAGCCAAAGCAGUAUUGAUCGCGAGCGCGCCCAGGCUAGCAAUGCUUUGGUUUCAGGCUCGUCGCAACAGGCCGAGGAAGAAAGCUCUUCUGCUAUACUUAGUAGCGAGGCGGAGCGCAUUCUUGAGAAUGCGAAACGAAGAUUAACUUUAAUGGAAGGAAAUCUCACUCGCGCUCGUUCAUCAAUCCGACUGGGACAAACACCAUCUCCGUCCCCCACGUCCCCUGGAAUCUUGCUUCCAACUCGCAAUCUUCAACCGGCAGGAGCGUUGUAUCGAUCCAUAUCGCAGACAGAUCGCAGGGUCUCGCUACUUCGACCUCAACCAGUAUAUAUGCCAACGCAGGAGAGCGGCCAUUCGCGUGGUCACAGCGAGACCAACCUUCCAUCAACGGCGAGCUUGGAAUCUCCUUCUCUACAGCCCUCGCGCUCGAUGAGCGCAUUGGCUUCUUCCGGUUCAUCACAAUACGAUUCUCGGGAAAACUCCUUCCCGUAUAACGCUGCAGAUACUCAUGGCGGCCAUAUGCGGAGGCAAGACUCACGCCCAGAGGACGAUUAUCGUAGAGGCUAUCUCAGUCCGGACGUCAAUGGCUUAGCUGGGUUGGGGACUUCAACAGCGCCAAAAAUGUCGUCAAUGGAGGACUUUAAUUCUGCAUACCCGCCUGAUGGACCUCCAUCUCGCGCACAAUCCCAGCUACAAGUGCGAGACCUGAAAGAUCAAGCAGCCGGCCUCAGAACCAAAGUUGCUCUCUUGAAAGUAAAGACGCAAGAGGAUAACCUUCGGCGGAGAAGCCUGCAGAGCUUGCGCACUCCGAGUCCAUUUACAGCAGCUGAACGAUGGUAUUCCAGCGUAUUGGAACAUGGCAAUGGGGGUGCUAAUAUGCACAGUAAUGCCGGAUAUGGUUGGGUUUCUGAGCCAACAUCAGCCAGACUAGACGAUAACGGGCACAGUACGAGCAAUGGUACGGACGAGUACCCAAUUGAUGCGCCAUUGAGUCCACAGAGAUAUGAACCUACGUCUGCACAAUCGCCGCAUAUUAAUGACAAGUUCAUACUUGACAAUGACGACCAAUCCGUCGUAGAAAGCCACUACGAGGACGCAGAAGAAGGCGAGUAUGACGAGGACGAUGAGGACAUAGAUCGUGAACGGCUCAAUGACAUCCUCAAUGAACCUUAUGACGACGAUGACCAAAGCGACAUCUUCGAAGACUUUCCCUCCGGCACCGCUCCAGAAGCAACACCUCACGAAGAGCGAGAAGACGCAUUCGAUUACGAGAACUUUUAUCUCCAUAGUGCUCUGGGCACAUUCUCGAGAAACAAAAUACGACGUAACAGCUAUGGGUCCACAGGAUCGACUGAAACUACGAGACCGGCGCGAGAUCAGAGGCCUGGCACACACAAUCGCAGUACGAGUAGCGAUUCUGUAUCUACGUUUGCAACGUUUGCGACGGCCACGGAGAAUGCUUAUGAUGAUUACGAUGAUGACCAGGAUGAUGCUCUGCAAGCUAUUGACCAGAUAGUCGACAACUGGAAUGAUUCCGAAGAUGAAGAAGAUGUGUCAACCCCCGUCCAAAGCCGUCGAGCUACAGUCAUAGACCGAAGCGACGAAUCACGCUAUCUCGCCGCAUCACGAAGCCGAGACAACGGACCCUACACACCAACCGGCAAAUCUCUUCCAAUUGACCGCAAUUUAUCCACCCCAACAACACCUGUAGACGCAUUCAUGUCCUCACUGUCAUCCUCAAGAUCGGCAUCGACACGGCCAUCUUCUAGUCUCAACACCGACGAUACCAGAUUAUUAGAGCAAGUCUUUGAAAGUCUAGGCAAAGUCUGCACUGAGCUACAGGAACUGACCAUAGCCGCUUCUGCCACCGCUGGCACAAAUGGCAAAGUCACUUCCAACGGGAGCGCAAGUACAACGCCCUCAGCAGAUCCAAAAUAUAUUCGCACCUUGCGCAGAAGAUUAGAUGCUGCCAGACGUGUUCUGGACGGACAGCUUGAUUCAGACGCUUAA